AUGGCCUCAAGCAGAGUAGGAAUAGUGUUCAAAUCGGCAAUAAACAGAGCUCCGAAAAACGUGGAGUUCUCAGUCUUCAGAUAUACGCCGAACUCGAAGCAGAAGCCGACGAUGAAGUCGUACACGGUGGAUACGAACGACUGCGGACCAAUGAUACUGGACGCACUGAUAAAGAUAAAGAACGAAAUGGAUAGCACGCUGACCUUCCGAAGAAGCUGCAGAGAAGGGAUUUGCGGAAGCUGCGCAAUGAACGUAAACGGAGAAAACGGACUGGUGUGCCUAAUGGACAUAGAAAAGCACACGGCCAAGGGGAAAAUUGAGGUGCAGCCGCUGCCGGGAAUGUACGUGCUGAGGGACCUCGUGCCGGACCUGACCAACUUCUACGAGCAGUACAGAAGCGUGGAGCCGUGGCUGAAGAGGAAAUCGCCUAAGGAGGGAGAGAAGGAGUACCACCAGUCGAGGGAGGACAGGCAGAAGCUGGACGGACUCUACGAGGUAAGCGGAGCUUGUGACAGCGAUGUGCAGUGUAUACUGUGCGCGUGCUGCUCGACGUCGUGCCCGUCGUACUGGUGGAACCCGGAGCACUACCUGGGCCCCGCGGCGCUGAUGCAGGCCUACAGGUGGGUGGCCGACAGCAGGGACGAGUACACGACUGAGCGCCUCGUGGGCGUGAACGACACGAUGAAGCUGUACAGGUGCCACGGGAUCAUGAACUGCACGAAGGUGUGUCCGAAGGGCCUCGACCCGGCGGGCGCAAUAGAGAAGCUGAAGAGGCACAUAGCGGAAAACGUUUCUGAAGACUGGGAACAAGUGGCUCUGGACGAAUACAAACAGAGAACGAGAAACGCUCUCAACUUGUAA